AUGCGCCUUUCAGCCUGCCUGUUUCCUGUGGUUGUGGCCACUGUACUGUGGGCAGCAGCUCCCAUCUGGGGACUCAUUCGAGCGACUUUGGACCACGUUUCCAGCAUGAACUUUGCAGACCUCCCAGCUCUCUUUGGGCCCACCCUCAGGCAGGAGGGACUUCAGGGGUUCCUUGUGGAGGCUUACCCAGCCAAUGCCUGCAGCCCCAUUGCCCCACCACCCUUAGCCCUGGACAGCAGGCCAGCCUUUAUUGCACUGCUGCGAAGAUUCGACUGCACCUUUGACCUCAAGGUCCUAAAUGCUCAGAAGGCUGGGUUUGAUGCAGCUGUGGUACAUAAUGUGAAUUCCAAUCAGCUGGUGAACAUGAUGUGGAAUAAUGUGGCUAUCCAGCAGCAGAUCUGCAUCCCAUCUGUGUUUAUUGGGGAGAGGAGCUCUGAGUACCUGCGUGCCCUCUUCCUCUACCAGAAGGGGGCUCAGGUGCUCCUGGUCCCAGACGAUAGCUUCCUCAUGGGCUAUUACCUCAUUCCUUUCUUAGGGAUUGGAGUACUGCUGAUUUUGGCAGGAACCGUGAUGAUAGUUCGUUGUAUCCAGUACGAGAAAGAGCUCCAGCAAAAUCGACUGACCAAAGAGCAACUGAAGCAGAUUCCUACACGUGACUAUCAGAAUGGAGACGAACCUGAUGUCUGUGCCAUCUGCUUGGAUGAAUAUGUGGAUGGGGACAAGCUGAGGGUACUUCCCUGUGCUCAUGCCUAUCACAGCCACUGUGUGGACCCCUGGCUCACUCGGACCCGGAAGACCUGUCCCAUCUGCAAAAAGCCUGUUCAUCAGGGUAAUGGAGAGGAGCAGCAGGAGGAAGAAACUCAGAGGCAAGCAGGCGAUGAGGAAGGGGUGCCAAGGGUCCAGCACCCUGUCUCAGAACGGACCCCACUUCUGGGUUCUGGCCUCCCACUCCCUACAUCCUUUGGCUCUCUAGCUCCAGCCCCCCUCCUUUUUCCUGGGCCUUCAACAGAUCCCUCACCUUCUCCAAUCCCCUCUUCCUCUUCAGAUGCCCUCCUGAUCUAA